AUGAGAAUACCAGUCAAUCAUACUUCUUUCUACUAUGACAACGAUAAACUUUAUGACAAUGGGAAAGAAGAUCUAUUGAAUGGUUCAACAGGCAAUGAAAAUGAUUCAUUAUUCGUUGCAUUAUACGAUUUUCAUGGUGUUGGCGAAGAGCAACUUUCACUUAAAAGAGGUGAUCAGAUACGAGUGAUUGGACAUAAUAAAGCUGGUGAAUGGUGUGAGGCACAAUUGGUAAAUACUCGACGUGAAAAUUCGAGACGUACUGGUUGCAUUGGUUGGGUACCAUCAUCCUACAUUGCACCGUCUAAUUCAUUGGAAAAGCAUUCAUGGUAUCAUGGGAAAGUAAGCCGAAGCGAAAGUGAAUACCUAUUAAGUUCUGGUAUUAGCGGUAGCUUUUUGGUGCGUGAAUCGGAAACUAGCAUCGGACAAUUUUCAAUUUCAGUACGACAUGAUGGUCGCGUUUACCACUAUCGGAUUUCAGUGGAUCGUAACGAUUGGUUGUACAUAACGCAAGAAAGUAAAUUCAAAACACUGGGCGAAUUAGUCCAUCAUCAUAGUCUUCAUGCGGAUGGCCUCAUCUGUACGUUACUCUAUCCAGCACCCAAAAAGGAACGACCACCGAUGGUAUUUUCAUUAUCGCCAACUCAACCCGAUGAUUGGGAAGUGGAGCGAUCGGAAAUUAUCAUGAGAAGUAAACUUGGAGGUGGACAAUACGGCGAUGUUUAUGAAGGCUAUUGGAAAAAACAUGAAAAAGUAGUUGCUGUGAAAACUUUAAAAGAAGAAGCAAUGGCGUUACACGACUUUUUGGCGGAAGCAGCAAUUAUGAAAGAUUUACAUCAUCCAAAUUUGGUGCAGUUGAUGGGAGUAUGUACUCGUGAACCGCCAUUUUAUAUUAUCACCGAAUAUAUGAAUAGAGGAAAUUUGCUCGAUUAUCUCAGGAAAUGUGAUAAGAAAUUAUCACCAACUGUGUUAAUGUAUAUGGCUACGCAGAUUGCAUCCGGAAUGGCUUAUCUUGAAUCCCGUAAUUUCAUCCAUCGCGAUUUGGCUGCACGAAAUUGUUUGGUAGCAGAAGAAAAUGUUGUCAAAGUUGCUGAUUUUGGUCUUGCACGAUUCAUGAGAGAAGAUACAUAUACUGCUCAUGCUGGAGCAAAGUUUCCCAUUAAAUGGACUGCACCAGAAGGUCUUGCCUAUAAUACAUUCAGUACGAAAAGUGAUGUCUGGGCAUUUGGUGUGCUUUUAUGGGAAAUUGCUACUUAUGGGAUGAGCCCAUAUCCAGGUGUUGAAUUGAACAGUGUUUACGCAUUGCUGGAAAAGGGUUUUCGAAUGGAUGCUCCGGAAGGUUGUCCUCCAUCAGUUUAUCGGUUGAUGUUACAGUGCUGGAAUUGGUCACCUAGUGAUCGGCCACGUUUCAAAGAAAUCCAUGCCAGCUUGGAAUCACUUUUUCCACAAUCCAAUAUUGAUGAAGAGGUUGACAAACAGUUAGAACGUUCACGUACAUCAUUACAUCGUCAUGGUUCGUCAUCUCACCGCAUUUCAAUAGGUACUGAUUGCGUCAAUAUUCCGUCAAGCGUUGUACCAGUUGCAUCCCCACGUAUCUCAGGCAUCCAUGGUAGCGGUAGUGCUAGAAAUGGUGUUGGUACGGUUGCUACAGUUCCAGCAACUUGCACUUCAUCAACUGGUACGGCAUUACCACCACCUACUAUCGAAUUCCCACCACCACCGCCAUGGAACCAAGAUAGUUACACCGGUGGUACGUCGUCAAAUUCUUCGACAGCUACCCAGUGCAGUAGUGCACGUGACGUUCGAGAUGCAGCUAGGAUGAAAGCAGUUCAGCGUAAUUUGCCGUUACCAAUUCCACCAUCAAGUUCAAAGCCAAAAUUGCAAAAACUAGAUAGUGCACCAAAGUGUGAUGUGUUGGUUUCACCGUUAGCGGAGAGAAAUUUACGUAAAGCGGUCAGUAAAUUUGGUACCAUGCCAAAAAAUGCUCGAAUUGAUGCAUAUCUGGAAUCGAUGUCAUUGCAGGAGGACGUUGAUCAGUCACCAAAUGCCAGUGGUGAGUACAGUGGUGGCCUAUCGGAUGAUUCUUUGGAUGCUGUUCCAGUUUCCUAUAAUAAUUGCUGGAGUAGAAAUGCAUCUGAUGCAAUGAGUGAAAGUGUCAAUUUGGGUCAAAAUGAGUUGCUACAGCAAUUGAAACAACGUCUGAAAAAAACUAAAUCAGAAUCUCCGGUAACUAUUGCUUCUUGUCUUACUGAUGUUAACAAUAUGACAAGUAUAGCUGAAAGAAUGGAACCAUCAGUAGCAGUAAUUACGAAAACCGAUUCGAAGUUGAAAAAGCUGAAUGAUGUACCAAAACAAUCAGAGGAGCAAUGGUCACAAAGAAGAAAGACAGCAGCCGUACGAUCGUUAAAAUCAAAAGAUUUGCCUCGUCAAGUUAUUGCUGGUGGUACUGAAACUAUGGCCGUAAAUAGUGCUGUCACAAAAAAUGAUCGAGCUCAGAGUGUUGGAGAAAAUGAACUACGAGCACGAAUACGUCAACUACGACAUGUAGAAAAGCGAAAACCAGUUGAAAAACAAAACCGGAUUGGUGAACGACGUGAACCAAUUAACAUCGAAACAGCGCGAGUACGGACAUUGAUAACGCAAAAAGUUGCCCCACUGCAGCAUCAUCGUCCAUUUUCGAUGCAACCGGAUACUGGAAGUAGUGAAUCUUCCGAUGAUGAUUCCAGUAAAGCAGUCAUAGUACAGCCGGAACGGCAGAAAAAAGAACCCUUGCCGCAAAGAUCCAUUGCUAAAUCACAUCCCAGAGCUUAUUCCACACUACAAAGAUCAGUCAAGGCCAGUUCUGUAAUACUAUCAAAAAGAGCCGCUGCUAAUAGUGGUAUAGAUGACGGUAACGAUUUGACUAAAUUAAGACCUGAGGUAACAGCUCACUCUACAAUACCCGAUUGCAAUGAAACAGACGAGCUCGAACUUAACGGGAGCAUGAUACGAACCCAAUCACUCCGUGAUAUCACUUCAAAAUUCGAAAAAAUGGGCAAUCCGGGUUUGAUUGCGACACCUUCCAAAGGACCGCUCCUUCGUACUGGAGAGAAACGUUACUCGAUGAUGGAAAAUGUCACCGGCGCACAUGAUGUGGUAUCCAAUUCUGAUGGCUCAAUUUCCACUGCCCGAGAAAGUAGUCAACCUGCUGUAAGCCGAGAUUCAUUGUUGGAUUUGUAUCGGCGUUUGGAAAGCUGUAUUUGUGAUUUACGUAACGAGCGCGUUUGCCGAGUCAAAGGACAGCAUGCCAAUUGUAGUACCGAUGGUCAGCAUGCGUUAUUGAUUCGAUUAAGUGAUUUAAUGCAACAAUUCCAUCACUUAUGCGCCAUUUAUGCUGAAAAUAUUUCACCGCAUUCAAAAUUUCGCUAUCGUGAGUUGCUGAAUCGUAUGGAUGUUUUUAUCCGUCAGCUACGGCAAUGUGCUUCUUCUUCUAAUGAAGUUAGGCAGGCUGAACAACAUAUUAUACCUCAAUUUGAGCAAACAAUUCGUCAAAUUAUGCACUUAGUGCAAAGGUAAUUUUUGUUUACCUGCUAGCUUUGUUAUUGACGUUCUUCUUUUUCCCUUCAGGUAUUUGCUCUUUAAGGCCUUCUUGUAUACACUUUCAUGCAGACUUUUUAGGAACUUUAAUUGUGAUACUACACUC